GCUCUUCUCCACUCACGUGAUGUCGCAAGCGGUAGACUUUGAGGUUAUGUCUUGCGCGUCGAGCAAUAUUAUGAACUAAGCAACAUACGCGAGCCACUUAAUUGUUAAUUAUUUAUCAUCGCAGACGAGUCGUAUUUUAGAAAAGUUCACUCGUAUGUAAAUUCGGGCACUGUGAAUUUCUUUUGUGAAAACAAUAUGCAGCAGGCAGGGGAUAAAGUCGAUGAAAAGAAAAAGAUCUGGACGGAGCAGGAACGUUUGGAGCUUGCCGCGAAAUUGGACGCCGAAUUGGACGAGUACAUAAAUAGCUUGGAGAGAAAGAGUUACGCGGAGGGAUGGCCGGAGGACAGGUGGCAAGAGGAGAUGGAGAAGCACCCUUUCUUUAUGAAGAAGCCGCCGGAACCCGGCGACGAGCUGUCCCCCUUGAUGGAGGGAUUGCAACAGCUCAAGUACGGAGAGGAUGAGAAUACUCCCGAAGAAUUGGCAAACAAUUACAAGGAGGAUGGAAACUUUAAUUAUAAGUAUAAGAAGUAUCGCCUCGCUAUUCUUAGCUAUACAGAGGGAAUAAGAACCAAAUGCAAAGACAAUGAUUUGAUGGCUCAACUUUAUAAUAACAGAGCUGCUGCUCAUUUCAUGUUGCAAAAUUAUAGAUCAUGCUUGAAUGACUGUAAAUUGGCUUUAAAGUUUAAGCCACAGUAUCCAAAGGCUUUGAGCAGAGCUGCCACUUGUAGUUUUCAUAUUAAAGAUUAUGACCAAUGCAUAGAUUUAUGUGACCAGUUCCUUGAGCAUAGUCCAACUGAUAAAACAAUAUUGAAAUUAAAGUCUGAUGCUGUUAUUGCAAGAGAGCGUUUGCGAAGAGACAAGAGAAAGCAAGAAAAAGCAGAGAAAAAAUUGGACAAGGAGGAUGUGAGAUUGUUAGAAAUGAUUUCUCAGAAAGGUAUUAGUUUAGAAUUGACAGAUGAUAAACAGAAGUUGGAACUUAGAGAUCUGGAACCUCAAGUACCAGAAAUAGCUCAAAGCAGAGUGCACUUUGACGAGAAGAACAGGCUUGUAUGGCCAGUGAUGAUUGUAUAUCCAGAGACUCAGCAAAUAGACUUCAUACAAAAUUUUCACGAGGAUACAUUAUUAAUCGAACAAUUAAUUGAACUGUUCGAGGAGCCUCCAGAGUGGGAUACAAAACAUCGUUAUACUGUAGAAAAUAUAAAUGUAUAUUUUGAAGGAAAAUAUAAACGCUCCGUUCAUAAAGCAGACAUUCAACUCACGUUGGGCGAAAUAUUACAAGACAAGCAGUUCGUAAUUCGCGGUGGUACACCAGCUUUUUUGCUACUUGUAAAAUCCAGUGAAGCUGAGAAACGUUUCUUAGCAAAUUAUUAAAUCUCUGUAAUAUUAUGUGCAUUUUAUAUAUAUAUACGGUACAUAUUGCUAAUUGAAAAUGAAUUUACAUUAAUGAUGUAUUUUAUAGAUUUUCAUGUAAUACAUUUAUUUUUUGUGAUA